AGUGCCCUAGGAAUAGUAACGGACGCGGAUUGGGACUGAACCGACUAGAGGAUCCGAAGGCGCAAAACUAGCCGCAUUACAAAACGUUGGCUAAUCACCGCUAUAAGAGUUAAUUACAGUCAUCAUGGACUGGAGUCAGAACUGUCUGAACUCUCCAGUGGUCCGAGAAUCAGAAGUGACACGAGCCGCCCGAAGGAAAAGCUCACACAAAAAGGUGGCGUUCCCUUUGGCUCAGGAUGAGUCUCCUUCAGGUGCCGUCACUGACGCCGUGACCCCGGCGCGACCCCUGCUGCGUCAGACCCCCGGCUCUCUGCUCAAGCAGACGUUCACCCCGAGAAGUGCACUUAAAAACCCAGACGUGUCGGCCAUCUUGGGCACCGGGAGCAGGUCGUCUCGCUUUGUGCACACGCCACGGCCCAAAGGCAGCUUCACCAUGAACCUAGAUGACAGCGACUGGACCAACAGUCUGUACCCAUCUCCUCUGUCUGUACUGGGUGAUGGCAGCUUCACAGAGGAGAUGAACAUGAGUGGCAUUAUGCUGAAGGAGGAGGAUCCAGGAGAGGCUGCAUCAGUCAGUCUGUUCCCUGACUUUCUACAGUCAUAUCUGCGUCACUCCUCCACCGCUGUGUUUGAUCUGCUGGAGGACUAUGAGGCAAUCUGUAAAGAUAAGGUGAACACCCUGCAGAAGCUGGUUCUGCGCUCAUCUUCCAGUCAACCGAAAUCCUCUAAAACAGCCAGCAUCACCUGGCUUCUGCAGCAGGAAACAGUCACCUGGAGGCUCAUCACCUCACUGUACAGGGACAGGAUUCAGACAGCUAUGGAGGACGGACUGAUGAUGGACAUAAGUUCUCCCAGUGAAAGUGAGAAGUCUAUAAUGGAGCAGUUCUUUCAGAGGGACAGCAUGGUUCGACAGAGCCAGCUGGUAGUGGACUGGCUCGAGAGCAUUGCCAAAGACGAGAUUGGUGAUUUCUCAGAUAAUAUUGAAUACUACGCCAAGUCUGUGUACUGGGAGAACACUCUACACACACUGAAGCUGAGGAGGGAUCAGACCAGUGCGUCCUUCAGCAGACCGCUGGUGACCGAGCUGGACCCCGACGCCCCCAUCAGACAGAAACGGCCCCUGGCAGACCUGGACCGAGAAGACGACGCCCGUCUGCUCAGAUACAUCUACACACUCAUCCGCGCCGGCAUGACUGAUGAGGCUCAGAGGCUGUGUAAGAGAUGUGGUCAGGCCUGGCGUGCUGCCACCCUGGAGGGUUGGAAACUUUAUCAUGACCCCAACUACAGUGAAGGUGCGGCGGAACUGCAGCCAGUGGAGGGAAAUCCGCAGCGGUGUGUGUGGAAAUUGUGCUGUUGGAGGAUGGCAGAGGAGGAGCAGUUCAACAGGUACGAGCGAGCCAUCUACGCCGUGCUGAGCGGAAAUCUCCGACAGUUGUUGCCGGUAUGUGAGUCAUGGGAGGACACAGUUUGGGCCUAUUUCCGUGUGUUGGUGGACUCACUGUUAGAGCAGGAGCUGCGAUCCUCAGGACUGAGCCGUGAAGAAUUGGAUGAACUUCCCAGAGAGUACCUGGAGGCCAGCUGGACGAUGGAAAAAGUCUUCGAGGAGCUACUAGCAACCGAGUCAAAGAGAGUUCUGGACGCAACCAAGGAGCAUUAUCACGUUAUUCAGAAGUUUGUCAUCCUCGGAGACUUGGAUGGUCUUCUGGAAGAGUUUGGUUGUUGGUUAGGAAAGACGCCACCAUUACCAGCUCAUCUCCUGCGUUUUAUGUCUCACCUGGUGCUGUUCUAUCGGAGUCUGGGCAUGCAGCUGAAGGAGGAGGUGUGUAUGGACGUGCUGAAAGCCUACAUCUCUCUUCUGGUGAAGGAGAAGCAGGUGGAGCUCAUAGCAUUCUACGUCAGUCACCUGCCCGUGGAUAUUGGCGUGUCUCAGUACGCACGCUUCAUGGAGGAAGUGACGGAGAGCGAGCAGCGCAGGCGCUGCCUGGAGCUCGCAAGACAAGCUGGUCUGGACGUUGCGGCGGUCACUAAGACGGUGGUGGAGACGGUGAGAGACAGCGAAGGAGAGUUGUUCUCUCACCAUGACCUCACUCCCGCACUGGACACGGGCACAACAGUGGAGGAUCGUCAGAAGAUCGACGUCAUCGAUUGGCUGCUGUUUGACCCCGCCCAGCACGCCGAGGCCUUGAAGCAGAGUAACGCCAUCAUGAGGAAGUUCCUGGCCGCUAAGAAACACGAUGCUGCAAAGCUGGUCUUCGCCAAGGUUCCGGAAGAUUCCAUGCGGGAAAUUUACCGGCAGUGGGAGGAGCAUGGAAUGAACAUGCCGCUGCCUGCCGAGGACGAGAACGCCAUCCGAGAGCACCUGUGUGUCCGAGCCUACCUGGAAGCUCAUGAAGCCUUUAAUGAGUGGUUCAGACACAUGAGUUCACCCCCUGUGAAGCCCACCCCACCCACCCAGGCCAACUUCAAAGAGACCGUUGCCUACGAGAUGAAGGAGAAGGACUACAAGUCCGAUUAUGAGAAAUGGCAGGGCCGGCUGGAUGCUCUGACUGAGGAGGUGAAAGAGAGAAUCUAUAACGUGCUGCUGUUUGUGGACGGAGGCUGGAUGGUGGAUGUCCGAGAGGACGCAGACGUGGACUCAGAACGCUCCAUACAGAUGGCUCUGCUGCGGCGCUUGUGUUUGCCCAUGAUGACGUUCCUGCUGCUGACGGUGCUGCAGAGAACCGAGCGUCACCAGGAGAGUCUUCGCCUCGCUGACAUCAUCACCUCUGACCAGCACCGACUUUAUGAGGUGUUCUCUAAAGACGAGCUGCAGAAGUUUCUCCAGAAGAUGAGGGAGUCGUCUCUGCUGUUGUUGGAUAAAGGGCUCGAUCCUCUGGGUUAUGAGCUCCAGUCCUAAAAAAAAAGCUGGAGUGUUUUUUUGUUUUCUAUUUUGUACUGAAAUAAAUGUGUGAGCUUCAUGA